AACGGCGCUUUGUAUCGCCCGAAAGGCUCCGCGCCCCGCGCAGCGCCCGCGGAGAGGGGCGGCAACACCGUGCGGCUGCCGGAUUUGCUUUUGCAGCGCUUUAAAAUUAUUUUUAAUUUUAAUUUUUUUUUUUUUCCUUAAUAAGAGGGGAGAAGGGACGGCGCGGAGGGGCGGGCGGGAGGCGGUGCGCGCCCUCCGCGGGCGCGGAGCCGUGCGGGCGGUGAUGGCCUGAGCGGGCGGCGGGUCCGCGCCCCCUGCGCACCUGCCGAGCGCGCUCCGCGGGCGCGGAGGGACGCGCAGCGCCAUGUCGCGGGUCGUGCAGAAGAAGAACCACUGGUCCAGCCGGGUGCGGCAGUGCGCGCUGACCCGCGGGCCCGGCGGGCAGCUGGGCUUCGCCCUGCUCGGCGGCGCGGAGCACGGCGAGUUCCCGUACGCGGGCGCGGCGGCGGGGGACGGCGAGGCGGCGCUGAGCGAGGGCGAGCUGCUGCUGGAGGUGCAGGGGGUCCGCGUGUCGGGGCUGCCGCGCUACGACGUGCUGGAAGUGAUCCGGAGCUGCAAGGACCCCAUCGUGGUGAAAGCCGUCCGACAAGGAAGCAGACUGAACAAGGAUCUGCGGCAUUAUCUCAACCAGAGGUUUCAGAAGGGGUCACCAGAUCACGAUUUGCAGCAGACCAUUCGGGAUAACCUUUAUCGCCACGCUGUGCCUUGCACAACCCGCCCUCCAAGAGAAGGAGAAGUGCCUGGUGUGGACUAUAACUUUCUGACUGUGGAGGAAUUCCUGGAGCUGGAGAGAAGUGGGACCCUUCUGGAAGUAGGAACUUAUGAAGGUAACUAUUAUGGAACGCCGAAGCCUCCAAGCCAGCCCCUCAGUGGGAAAGUGACUUCCACCAAUGCUUUGCAAAACCUGCAGUCUGGCUCCAAGCAGUCGACUCCAAAGCGAACCAAGUCUUACAAUGAUAUGCAAAAUGCUGGCAUAGUGCAUACAGAGAAUGAGGAAGAGGAUGAUGUACCUGAAAUGAGCAGUAGCUUCACAGCAGAGUCUGGUGACCAAGACGAGCACAACGCGCAUAUCGUGAGGGAGGCAGCCCCACCGUCCACGAUUGAGAGGCACACCCACGUCCCCACCACGGAACCAUCUCAGAACCUCCCUCAAUACCUACCUCCUUGUGCCGAGGAUAACCUAGGUCCUCUGCCCGAAAACUGGGAGAUGGCCUACACGGAGAACGGAGAAGUCUAUUUUAUAGACCAUAACACAAAAACAACAUCUUGGCUAGAUCCACGGUGCCUGAACAAACAGCAGAAGCCUCUAGAAGAAUGUGAAGAUGAUGAAGGGGUGCACACGGAGGAACUGGACAGUGAACUAGAGUUGCCUGCUGGUUGGGAGAAAAUUGAAGAUCCUGUAUAUGGUGUCUACUAUGUAGACCACAUCAACCGGAAGACGCAGUAUGAAAACCCAGUCCUUGAAGCCAAGAGGAAGAAGCAGCUCGAACAACAGCAACAGCCUCCAGAAGGAAAACCUUUUUUUACACGAAACCCUUCUGAGCUGAAAGGGAAGUUCAUCCACACCAAGCUAAGGAAAAGCAGCAGGGGGUUUGGCUUCACCGUCGUUGGAGGAGAUGAGCCAGAUGAAUUCCUCCAAAUCAAAAGUUUGGUGCUUGACGGUCCUGCAGCGUUGGAUGGCAAAAUGGAAACAGGGGACGUCAUAGUCAGCGUGAACGACACCUGUGUGCUGGGGCACACUCACGCCCAGGUGGUGAAAAUCUUCCAGUCCAUCCCCAUCGGUGCCAGCGUGGACCUCGAACUGUGCCGGGGCUACCCCCUGCCCUUUGACCCCGACGACCCCAACACGAGCCUGGUCACGUCCGUGGCCAUUUUGGACAAAGAGCCGAUCAUUGUGAACGGGCAGGAGAACUACGACUCCCCGGCCAGCCACAGCAGUAAAACAGGGAAAGUAAAUGGCACAAAGGAGGCGAGGCCCAGCAGCCCGGCUGAGGUCUCCUCCAAUGGACCCCACGGCUACCCCAACGACACGGUGUCCUUGGCAUCCUCGAUAGCAACGCAGCCUGAGCUCAUAACUGUGCACAUAGUGAAAGGGCCCAUGGGCUUUGGGUUUACUAUAGCAGACAGUCCCGGAGGGGGAGGCCAAAGAGUGAAACAGAUUGUGGACAGCCCACGGUGCCGCGGCCUGAAGGAGGGCGACCUCAUAGUCGAAGUCAACAAGAAGAAUGUGCAGAGCCUCACUCACAACCAGGUGGUGGAUAUGCUGAUUGAAUGUCCUAAGGGAAGUGAAGUCACGUUGCUGGUGCAGCGAGGAGGACUGCCAGUCCCAAAGAAGAGCCCAAAGUCGCAACCACUUGAAAGGAAAGACAGCCAAAACAGUUCCCAGCAGAGCGUCUCGAGCCACCGCAGCGGGCACACCGCGUCCCCCGCGCACAGCACCCAGGUGCUGCCAGACUACGCCGCCCCGGAGGCGCCGGCCGCCGACCAGCCGGACACUUCUGGGCAGAAAAAGCCAGAUCCAUUCAAAAUCUGGGCCCAGUCCAGGAGCAUGUAUGAAAGCCGACCUAUGUCACCUUCACCUGCAACUGGACUGAGCAAGGGUGAGAGAGAGAGAGAAAUCAAUUCCACGAGUUUUGGAGAAUUCCCAGAUUAUCAAGAGCAGGAUAUCUUUCUAUGGAGAAAGGAAACCGGGUUUGGAUUUAGGAUUCUAGGUGGAAAUGAGCCUGGAGAACCUAUUUACAUCGGUCACAUUGUACCGCUGGGUGCUGCUGACGCCGACGGCCGCCUGCGAUCGGGCGAUGAGCUGAUCUGCGUGGAUGGGACGCCUGUGGUGGGGAAGUCACACCAGCUUGUGGUCCAGCUUAUGCAACAGGCAGCCAAGCAAGGUCAUGUCAAUCUGACCGUCAGGCGCAAAGUGGUUUACACAGUUCCCAAGGCGGAGAAUGAAGUCCCAUCCCCGGCCUCCUCCCACCACAGCAGCAACCAGCCGGCCUCGCUGACGGAGGAGAAGCGAACGCCGCAGGGCAGCCAGAACUCCCUCAACACGGUCAGCUCGGGCAGCGGCAGCACCAGCGGCAUCGGCAGCGGCGGCGGCGGGGGCAGCGGGGUGGUCAGCGCCGUGGUGCAGCCCUACGACGUGGAGAUCCGCCGCGGCGAGAACGAGGGCUUCGGCUUCGUCAUCGUCUCGUCGGUGAGCAGGCCUGAGGCGGGGACGACGUUCGCGGGAAAUGCAUGUGUGGCCAUGCCUCACAAAAUAGGUCGGAUAAUUGAAGGGAGCCCCGCCGACCGCUGUGGAAAGCUGAAGGUCGGCGACCGGAUCUUGGCCGUCAAUGGGUGCUCCAUCACCAACAAGUCGCACUCAGACAUCGUCAACCUCAUUAAGGAAGCUGGGAACACCGUCACCCUGCGCAUCAUUCCAGGAGAUGAAUCCUCCAAUGCUACUUUAUUGACCAAUGCAGAAAAAAUUGCUACAAUCACAACCACACAUACUCCUCAGCAAAUACCGCAGGAGACCAGCAGGAACAACACCAAACCAAAGCAGGAAUCCCAGUUUGAUUUCAAACCACCCCAAGCAGCACAGCAGGACCAAGACUUUUACACUGUUGAGCUAGAAAGAGGAGCCAAAGGGUUUGGCUUCAGCCUGCGAGGUGGCCGGGAGUACAACAUGGACCUGUACGUGCUGCGGCUCGCUGAGGAUGGGCCUGCUGAGAGAUGUGGGAAAAUGAGGAUCGGUGAUGAAAUCUUAGAGAUCAAUGGAGAAACUACCAAGAACAUGAAGCACGCUCGGGCCAUCGAACUGAUUAAAAAUGGUGGCCGCAAGGUCCGCCUGUUUCUGAAACGUGGAGAUGGCUCUGUCCCAGAAUAUGACCCCAGCAGUGACAGGAACAGUCCCGCCACAGGUUCACAAAAUGUAUCGGAAAUGAAACCCGCGCCAUCCGACCGACGGCAGCACCCAUCAUCGGAGUCCAGUUAUCCACCAGACCUUCACAAAUCAUCACAACAUGGGGACAAGCGGACUUACGUUAGAGACCUAAAAGGCAGCAGAGAGUUUAGCAGACAUCCCAAUGAACACCACACUUGGAAUGGGACUUCUAAAACCAACGACCACGUGCCAGGCAGGAAGACGGAGAGGUCGCCGGAGAGGAGGCACGAAAGGCAGCCAGAGAGGGCGGUGGUGAACGGGCAGAAGAGGAGGUCUCCCGAAAAGCGCAGGGAAGGGACAAGGAGUGCUGACAACACUUUGGAGAGGCGGGAGCGACUUGAGAGGAGGAGAGACCUCUCUCCUGAGAGGCGCAGAGAACGGUCGCCCGGCCGCCGGCGGCGGUCGCUGGAGAGACUCACGGAGCCCAGGAGGUCCCCUGAGCGGAGAAGAGAGAGCUCCCUCGACCGACGGGCCAAGUCGUCCGACCGGCGGAGGGAGAGGUCGCCCGAGAGACGGCUCAGGGAGGAGCGAGUUGGCCACCGGGAGAGGGAAGAGCCCGGCUGGAAGCACGAGCCGAGCCGCAGGCACCCGCCCGAGCAGCGCAGGCGGCCCUACAAGGAGUGCAGCACCGACCUCAGCAUCUGAGGGGCUCCCCGGGGUCCCUGUCACCUUCCCCACACCAAGGGAGCAGAGGACAGAGUGAAACCAACCUGGCUUUCGCAGGCGACGAGACGUCCGCCACCUGCUGAUACUACAAACCGUUUAUGCAGAUGAAAUCUUAUAACAAAACAAAAAAAGCGUUGUGCCUGAUGUAUAAUAUUAAAGAAAGUAUUUUUCAGUGUAUUCUUUUUUUUUUAAUUACUUGCCAAAUGUUGGUCCUAAAGGAUUAUAAAAUUUUGUUUCUACAUUCUUUGUAGAUUUCUUAAAAAUAAUCCCUUUAUUGGGCUACUUCCCCCCCUCCCCAAUAUAGUAAGUGGGGGUAGCCAGUAAUAUAAUAUAGGCAAAGGAUUUUAUGACCAAGUUUGAAUAAUUUGAUCCAGACUGUUCUCUAGUGACUCACUGCUACACUGUAUGUAGA